UAGUUCAUGAUAUUUUUAAAAUACUGAUACGAAUCCAGAAAAAAGAUGGAUAUAAAAAUGGAAAAAGUUGUGGAUGUUUACAGAGAAAUUGCUGCAAUACCAACCAUUUUGAGUUGCAAUAUAUGGAAAGAUGAGGAUUCGCAGUAUGACCUUGAGAGUGUCUGGCAGCAACGUGAUCUUGAAAGAGAAGAAAACAUAAAAUAUGUUAAGUCUUGUUGCUUCAAAAUUGACGGUGAUAUCAUCAAAGAUGUCACUCAAUUUCCUCCAAAUGAGUUGACCAAAGAGCUUCUUGUAAAAUAUUCUUCUUGUGGAAAUAUGAAAGCCAUAGUUAGAGAAGUAUUGGACAAGAACAAUAAGAAGGUUCAAUACAUAGAGGUAUGGGACAAAUUCAAAAAAAUUUUGAAUAUUAAUUUAAAGGAUAUUGAUAAGCAUGGUGACGUGAUCAGUAAUGAUCAAUUUGGUUCACUAGAAUGGUCAAAAAAUGGAAAGAAGAUUUUAUACAUUGCUGAAACUAAGAAACCUAAGACAAAGUCUUUUUUCAAAUCAACUAGCAAGAAAGAGGAUGACUGUGAGCCUGGAAAUGAGCAUGUCAUGUACGAUUCAUGGGGCGAACAGAUGGAUGGUGCUCACAGACCUACUGUAUGUGUACUUGAUCUGUCAAAUAAAGAAAUCACAGUUUUUUCCGAAGUUAUCCCUCCGGAUGUCUCAGCUGGCCAGGCUUUUUGGCAUCAUGAUUGUGAAUCUGUUAUAUUUAUUGGAUGGAUGCAAAAACCAUACAGACUUGGUCUUCGUUAUUGCCCUAUUCGUCAAUGUGCCUUGUAUUUUUUACAUACAGAUAAAAAGAACUGCAAGAUAUUGUCUGGAGAUGACCAAUCUGUUCGAUCCCCACGUUUGCAUCCUAAGGACAAUACAAUUGUGUUUGUGGAAAAUCGUGUAGGAGGGCCACACAUGCAAUGUUCUAGACUUAUGUCUCUAAACUUGCCAUCAUGGGAAGACGACUCUCAAGAACUUGCACAGCAGAAUGUCAUCAUCGAUCUUGUAAAGUCUUCUAAAUCUGAGAAUGAUUUUCCUGGUCUUUACUUUAUGAAUUUACCAAGCAAUUGUUGGAGUAUUGAUUGCAAUUAUAUUUUCUUAGCAAGUAUCUGGAGAUCUCACACUGUUGCUUUGGUUGUAGAUCUUAAGAACAGUCAAGUGAAGCGACUAACUUCUACAGGUAAUACAUCUGUCUUAGAUGUAAAGAAUGAUGUCAUUGUUGUAAGUCAUUCUACCCCAACCAUUCCUCCAGAACUAAGAAUUGCAAAAUUUGAAAAAGAUAAAGAUAUGAAUUGGACAACUGUCAUACAACCUUGUAAACCGAUUGAUGACAUGAAAUGGUCUGUUCAUUCAUUCACGCCGGAAUUAGAGAAUUCACAAUAUCCUGAUGUUGAUAUUGAAUAUAUUUUAUACCAGCCAAUGACACCGAAGGCAAAUAACAGAGCAUUGGUGGUAUUUCCACAUGGUGGUCCGCAUUCUAACAGUUCUGCUGGUUUUCUGAACAGUUUUGUUGGCAUGUGCAAACUUGGCUUUACUGUUGUUAACAUAAAUUAUAGAGGCUCUCUUGGUUUCGGCAAUGAUGGUGUCUACUCUCUUCCAGGUAGAAUCGGGAAACAAGAUGUCAGCGAUGUUCAUCAAGUGUCGAAAAAACUGAAAGAAGAAUUGGGCUCUACUAGAGUUUUUGUAACGGGUGGAUCACAUGGGGGAUUCCUAUCAUUGCAUUUAAUUUCGCAAUUUCCAGAUUUUUAUUCUGCUACAGUAGUCAGAAAUCCUGUGGUAAACCUUGCUCUCAUGUCUGAUUCAACUGAUAUACCAGAUUGGUGUUAUUGUGAACGUGGAACAGAGUUUCAUUUCAAGACAUUACCAAGCACAGAUUCAUACUCCGCUAUGCUGGGUAUGUCUCCCAUUUUCCACAUUGAAAAAGCAAAAGCACCUGUAUUACUUAUGCUUGGAGAUUGUGAUCUGAGAGUCCCACCUUCACAAGGUAAAGGAUGGGCACAAAAAUACAGAGCUCUCGGUAAGGAAUGUAAAGUGUUGUUAUACAAAGACAACAAUCAUACUUUGAGCAAAGUGGAUGCUGAAGCAGAUGGAUUUGUGAAUACAAUAUUGUGGUUCCAAAAAUAUCAGAACACUUUAAACUAAAUCACUUCAAUAGAAUUACUAUUUUUAUUGUGUAUUAUACAAUGUACCGUAAUUGAAUUUUGUGAUUAUGGUCACGCAGACUUCGUUCUUCGCCAAAUUAUAAUUUUGUUCUUUGUUGCAAUUUUUUCAUUCAUCAGGUUAUGAUCUAAUUUAUAAAUUUCUUUUAUAAAAUGCUGAUUUAUAUUGUGGUAAAAUUUCAGUUUAAAUAGCCAGUCCUAUUUCGAUAUGGUACAUAAAUUUGUAAAGUUAGUAUUGUUUUGAUCAAAGAUGUCCAUUUUUCAUAUUAACCAGCAUUUGUUUAUUUUUAAUAUUGAAUUCAUUUUUUUUUUUUCUGAUAGAAAUACAAAAUGUUUUUGUAAAAAGUUUCAAUUCAAUCAUUUUCAUAAUUAUGUACUCCAGAGUGUGAUUGUUAAUCAGAAUUAUGUUACUUCAGUGAAUAGGUACGGUAGUUUUUUUUUCAUAAUGGUAUUGGUAUCUAUUUGAUUUCUGUUGUAAAUUGAAAUCAUGGACAAAAGUUGCUCUGGCUUGGCACACCUCAUUAAAUUUUGAUUUUUUUGAUUACAUAGGCUAUGUGUGAUUCCUAGUAGUAUACCGUAUUUAUGUUACAAAUACAUACCGGUACCGGUACUGUUAGAUAGAUUUUAUUUUUGAUUGUUACCGUAUGUCAGUAUGUAACUGAUUCUGUGCAGGAGCAAGUUUGCUUAUUUGGAUACGUUACCAUUACACAAAAAUACAAUUUGAACAACGUUACUUGUACAAGCGUAUUUGCCUAUACAAAUAUGACCUCUCUGACAGGAUUACAGACUUUCGCCCCAGACUUGACCUGCUGUCUUUUACGACUGCAAUAUGGUUUGAGUUACCUUUUUUUUUUGUUUAUCUUCCCUUCGGAGUUGUUUAAAAAUAACAAAAUCUAAAUACACAAAUGUUUAUAAAUUUAGUUACCAUAUUUCUUCACUACAGUAGCAACAUACACCUUUAACCCCCGUACUAUGCCCAAAUGUCCAACAAAUACGCAUGUAUUUAUACAUUCAGAUAUUAAUUAAUAAUUAAUAUUUUUAAACAACUCCCAAGGUGGAUGUAAAAUAAAAUCUUGCGAACACUCUUGGCAAUAAUAUUCAUUAUCUGCAUUAAUUUCACUAUCAAACCUGCAUACUGUCAUAGCAUUUGAUGUGAUAUUUCUCUUCUAAGA